AUGGGCUACACAAGAUUAGUCGAAUCAAUCGCCUUAUCCGACCUGGAGUCCGGCUCAACCUUUUCCUUUGAAAAGCCCCUUCCAAUUAUCCUGACAGAAUCCGCUGCUUUCUUCCAAAAUGAACAGAUUUAUAUUGCUGGCGGUUUUAAUCAUUCCAGAUACUCCGAUUUUGGCAGGGAAGAAGUUUUCAUUUAUGGAACUGAGGGGCAUCAUCAAGUCGUUGGAGCCCUUCCUAAUGGCAGGCGAAUGCACUCAGUAGCAACCUUGAACAAAAAAACGCUGAUUCUUGGCGACUAUGACGCGCGGCCAGAGUCAAAGGCCCUCCUGUUCGAAAAUGGCGAAACAUCAGAAUACCGUCUAACUGGGUACGAUCCUAAUGCUCUUAUGGCGGCGACAACUGUAUGUUUUCCCGUACCGAUCUUUUGA